GUCUGCAGUCUCUGGUCAUCCCCUGUACUGUCUGCAGUCUCUGGUCAUCCCCUGUACUGUCUGCAGUCUCUGGUCAUCCCCUGUACUGUCCGCAGUCUCUGGUCAUCCCCUGUACUGUCCGCAAUCUCUGGUCAUCUACUGUACUGUGUCCGCAGUCUCUGGUCAUCUACUGUACUGUGUCCGCAGCCUCUCGUCAUCUACUGUACUGUGUCCGCAGUCUCUGGCCAUCUACUGUACUGUGUCCACAGUCUCUGGUCAUUUCCUGUACUAUGUCUGCAGUCCAUUGGUUCAGAAUAUUUUUUCUCUUGUUUUUCUCCUCUAAAACCUAGGUGCGUCUUAUGGUAAGGUGCGUCUUAUG